CAAAUGGAAAACAGUUAGAUUAGAGUUAAAAUCAAAUUAGAAAAGGAUACAAUUAAAAGACUAAAUUUAACUAAUUAGUUGAGGUUAUUUGAACUUUUAAAAGCCAAUUGAAAGUUUAUUGAUGUUACUAAAUAAAUAGAUGAAUAAAUUGUAAUAAUUUAAGGAAGAAAAUAGAUUUUAACUAAUCAAUUAUUUUAAAUUGAACCAAUUAUCUAAUUUAAACAUGUUAAUCAAUUGUAUCAUCAAUUAAAAUAAUAACCUGUCUCAUUAGAGGUGUGUUUAAGUGUCUUAAUUGUGAUUGUGUGAAAGUUAAUCAAUGAAUAACAAUCAACAAUUAAAAGAAAAGGGUUUUCAAUUUUUAUUAUCUUAAAAAUCAUUUAUUGAUAAUUAAGUAACUGUAACAAGUUAUCACAGACAGUUGAUUAAUUUAGAUGAUUAAAACAAAUUAAGAAUACAAAUGAUGACAAUUAACAACAACAAUUAACAUCGGUACAAGAUCACCAACAAUUAAACAGAAAAUUGUUGAUCAACAUUUAGUCUUAUUAACUAAUAGAUAACUUUAAUUAUCAUAUUAGUUACUCAGAGAUUGAAUUGUAGAAACACAACUGAUUAAAUUAAAGUUUUCAUUUAAUUUAGUUGAAUGUUGAUUAACAUUUUACUCAAUUCACCGUUAGAUGGCGUUACUAUAACGCCAACAAUUAGUUAAUUGUUACAACAGUUGAAAUGUUAGUUAACCGAAACCAGUAAGAGUUUCUUAAGAUUUUAGUUGAUUUAAAAUCUUUCCGACUCAACAUCAACACCAUGUUGUUGAGAUUAACAAUUACAAUCACUGAGUAAGUUAUUAUUUUUUUCCAGCAACAAUUUAACAACAAUUAAAAAAGUUUAUGGUAAGUUUUUCGUUGUAAACCAAAAUGAAAACAAAAUAUUGUUCAAGUGUUUAAGUGAAUAUGAUAAACAAUCAACUCUAAUUACAAAAUCAUAACAAUUUAUGGUUUCAAUUAAAUAUAUUUGUGAUGAACAAGUUAAUUGUGUUGGAUUAAUUAUUAAUAGUUAAUUGUAAAAUCCAAUGGACAAAAUUUAAAGUGAAAUCAAUUGAAAUUGAAACAAGAGAAACAAAAAUAAAACAAAAACAAUGAUUGUGAUUAACCAACAACAAACUGGAUAUAAUAAUUGUGAUUUAACAAGAGUGUCAACUAAUCAUCAUCAUAAUCGGAAAUCAAAUCAAUUAAUCAACACGAAACGUGUUAAUUACAAAUUAUCGGAUAUGCAUAAUUACCGUUAUCAGUUUAAUUGUUUAUCAACAUUUUUUGUGUCCAAAGUGAUUGUAAUAUUUUUCAUCUUAAUCCCGAUCAUCUUUAAAUCACCAAUAGUUAAUGGAGAGAGGAUUAGUACAGGUUGUAAAUUUUAUCCAAUCGGAGAGAAUCGUAGGUUCGAAAGGGUCGCUGAGAAUCUUCAAGUCGGUCAUGAGGUUUUCAGGGUAGAAGUGCACCCACGGAUGGAGAUUAAAUUAGAAGCCGUGGACAAUAGUUUAAGUGAUAUUAAUUAUUUCAAAUAUGAAGAAUUAGAUGAUAAAACUGUUGCCAUAAAACUUGCUCAUUCACUGGAGGAUCUUGUUGAUCGGAGAGAUCCACAAAGUGUUCUUAAAUUUAAAUUAACCUGUCGUGGACCUAGUGGAACGGAAGACGCCUUUCUACCGAUUACUGUAUAUGUUCAAGAUGUUAACGAUCACGCACCAGAAUUUCAAAAUGUCCCAUAUUAUUUAGAGGUUGACGAGCUUACACCAAUUGGAUUAACAAUUUUCCGUGGUAUCCAUGCCAUUGAUAAGGAUAAACCAAACACUGCCAAUUCUGAUAUCACCUAUUCAAUUGUGGGUGGAAAUGAAAAUAAUUCAUUUAUAUUAUCGGAUCCAAUUGAAGGAAUCCUGGUUGUUAACAAAGCUCUUGAUUACGAUCAUGGUAUCCGAGAGUUUAAAAUUCAAAUUCAGGCCUCAGAUCAUGGUGAUCCAAUCAGCUUAUCACAGGUAACAACAAUGACGAUUAGGAUUAAGGAUGCUGAUGAUCAGAAUCCAGUCUUUACUCAAGAGGUUUAUAAAGCCAGUGUAUCGGAGACACCAACAAUUACGGGUCAAAGGAUUAGGGAGAAAGUAGUUGUUGACCCGGUUGUCCAUGCAUUUGAUUUGGACCAAGGAAUCAAUGCCAGAUUAAGAUACAACAUUAUUUUGGGUAAUGAAGGUGGUUUCUUUGAGAUGCACGACCAAACUGGUGAAUUGUUCCUGGUCCGAGAAAUUGAUUUGGAAUCACUACCUAAUUCAGUUCUUAGUCUACAAAUUCAGGCCACUCAGGUUGAUAAUCCGUUAAGACAAGCACUUUCUCGAGUGGAUGUUUUCGUAAAAGAUAUUAACGAUAAUAGUCCAGAAUUCGAGUAUGAUAUGUACAAUAUUACCGUUAUGGAAAACCUUCCACCAGGAUUUACCGUUCUUCAGGUUUAUGCUGUCGAUGCAGAUAAAGGUGAAAACGCUGAAUUCAAGUAUGUCCUUCACGAUGAAUCGGAUGGUUUUCAAAUUGAUUCCACCACUGGUUGGAUUAGCGUUAAAGAUCCCGCUAAACUUGACCGAGAGACACAAUCAAAGAUACAAAUGAAAGUUACCGCCAUUGAGAGGAAACCCAACGUUAAUCCGGACGCCGUUAAACAAGGGCCACAAACAACCGUUGAGAUCAAUCUAUUAGAUGCCAAUGAUAAUAAUCCACAAUUUUUCCCGUCCAAUAUUUACCAUUUUAAUGUACUUGAAACGGCUCCAACUCGAACCAUUUUAGGCUCUAUUUUUGCCCAUGAUAAUGAUUUAGCGGAAAAUGGUCAAGUUAUUUAUUAUAAACAGAAUGAUUCGCUUUCACAAAGAGUACCAUUCGAUGUUUAUCCUGGAAAUGGUUCAAUUUAUGUUCUAGACUCUUUCUUGGCUUUACCAAAGAAACAGGAAAGUUACACCUUUUUCGUUAUUGCCUCGGAUUCGGCUAAAAUUGCCUUCGAACGUCGUACCUCGGUUGCCGUUAUUCGUAUUAAUGUUACCGAUAUUAACAACUCGGUACCUGAAUUUAUUGGUGCUCCUUAUGAAGCGUAUGUUGGUGAAAGUUUACCCGAAGGUGCUUAUGUUACCCAAGUGUUGGCUCGUGAUGCUGAUUCAAUCAACGAUGUUCUAGAAUAUUCAAUAAUCGCUGGUAAUGAUGAUAAAUUGUUUUUCAUUGAUUCUCGAAAUGGUAAAAUUUUGACUUCCGCUGUUUUGGAUUAUGAGAAGAAACAAAGUUACGAUUUACUUAUCCAAGUUUCGGAUGGUAUCAAUACUGCUGUUGCACCAAUUUUGGUCCAUGUGGUUGACAUAAACGAUCAAUCGCCCAUUUUUGCUCACAAUUUUUACAAUUUCUCGGUCAUUGAAGAGCUUGGUGGCAAUGAUACAGUUGGCACCGUUCUUGCCCUGGAUCGGGAUUCAGGUAAAAACGGUCAAAUAAGGUACAAUUUGGUGGGUGAUCAAGCUAAUAAUGCUUUUAUCAUUGAUCCAUUUAAUGGAGCCAUAAGGACAAGACGUCGUUUAGAUCGUGAAACUGAAUCAACAGUGGACUUUAUUGUGAUCGCUUUCGAUGGUGGUAUUCCCCAAUUAAGUGGUACUACCAAUGUACAAGUUAAAAUUGAAGAUAUUAACGAUAAUCCGCCCUUCUUUGAUAGAGAAAUGUAUGAAGUUGAAGUUCCAGAAGAGGUCGACCCUCCUUAUGAGGUCGCACGUAUAACAGCAUCAGAUAAAGAUUAUGGUGACAAUGCUGUGAUUAAAUAUCUAAUUCUUGCCGGAAAUGAGGAUAAAUCAUUUGCAAUCAAUCCUGAUACCGGUUUAAUAUCAACAACCGAGAAACUUAACUACGAACGGAAAACUGAGCACAUUCUUCAUGUUGCCGCUCGAAACCUUCGUCCUUUCCAAGGUCCACAAGCAGCUUCCAUCGUUAAUCCAGCAGUUCAAGUGACAAUCCGAGUAAAAGAUAUAAAUGAUGAACUUGUUGUAUUUGAUCAACAAUCGUAUCAUUUUAAAAUAAUUGAAAACAUGGCCCCAAAUCAGAUUAUUGGUCAACUUAAUGCCACUAAUCCAAGACGAGUUGACUCCGAACAGGAUAUUAUUUAUUGGUUAGCAGAGGACAAAACGAAAAAGCCCAAAUUCAAGAUAAUUCCUAAAACUGGUGAAAUUUUCUUGGUUGAAACGGUUGAUCGUGAUCCACCCGCUUCUGAACAUUCAUUUAAAUUACGAGCUUACGCUCGGGACUCCCUUUCUAUCAAUACUUUUAACACAAGUGUACCGGUUAUAAUUGACGUUCUUGAUGUAAACGAUAACGCACCAACCUUUGAUGAGGAAAGAUACAUGUUAGAGUUACCUGAAAGUUUACCACCGGGAACAAUUUUCCCCUCAUUCUUUAAGGCUCGAGACAGUGACGCCGGUUUGAAUGGUAAAAUUGUAAGCUACCAUUUAAAUGGUAGUGACUCUGAAUUGGAAAUGUUCAAAAUUGAUAAUAAAACGGGAACCAUUUCCCUUGGAGGUUCAUUGGAUUACGAAACUCAGGCAACUCAUGAGUUUGUCGUUAUCGCUUUGGACGGAGGUGAUCCACCAAACAUUGGCUCUGCUACGGUCGUAAUUGGAGUGACCAAUAUAAAUGAACAUUCACCUAAAUUUGUUGGUCUUCCUUAUGAAUUUUGGGCUCAAGAAAAUGCUCAAGAAGGAACUUCCGUUGGUCAAGUUAAAGCGACAGAUGAAGAUGGAAACAAUAUUAUUUAUUCAAUAACCGAUGGAGAUACCGAUUAUUUUACCAUUGAAGAGAAAACUGGACGAAUUUUUGUUCGCAAAGGUUUAGCUUCUCGAACUUCAUAUACUUUUGUAGCUCGAGCAACUGACGAUGGUCUACCAACUAAUUACUCUCUCGGUGUUCAGGUCAAAGUUUUGGUUAAAGAGGCAAAUGAUUUUCCACCCGUGUUUACAUCAAACUCUUAUCGUGGUCGAGUAAUUGAGAAACAAGAAUCCAAUAAGGUUAUUAUUAAAGUUGAAGCUUUGGAUAAAGAUUUACAAAACAAUACGAUAAGCUAUUCAAUUGCUUCCGGUAAUGAGCAAGGUAUCUUCAUUAUUGACCGGAUGACCGGUGAGAUUAGAGUGAUGCCUGGACUUGGGUCAAAAAUUGAUUACGAUAAACAGAAACAAUUCACUUUACUUGUUCAAGCGACCGAUUCCCACAAGACUCCACUUUUUGGCCUUACAAUGGUUACAAUUGAUGUCGCUGAUGUUAAUGAUCAUCCACCAACCUUUACCAAAAUGGCUUAUUCAGCAUCACUUCCGGAAAAUCUUCCUUCUGGUCAUUGUUUCAUUAAAAUUGAGGCAGUUUCCGGUGAUGCGGUUGACAGUAUUAAAUAUUCACUAUCAGAGGCAAAAGAUUCUGGUGCUUUUGGUAUAAAUGCUGUUUCUGGUGAUAUUUGUACUAAAAAAGUUUUAGAUCGUGAAACUCAGGAUAAAUAUGAAUUUACGGUUGUCGCUUCUGAUGGUAAAUAUGAAUCAUUUGUACCUGUUGUUGUUGAAAUGAUGGAUGAAAAUGAUAAUCCACCUCGAUUUGAGACUGAAUCAUAUCUUGUCUCGAUUCCUUAUGAUGCUCCACCCGGUCGAUCGGUUAUACAAGUUUCCGCUAGUGACCCUGAUCUAGCAAAUAAUGGUGAUGUCACUUAUUGGAUUAAAAAUACUCAUGGUAUGUUUGAGAUUGACGCUAAAACGGGAUUGGUCAGAUUAGCUGCUCGAUUACCUGGUGAUCGGCAAAAUUCAACCUUUGAGAUGGAAGUGUUUGCCCAAGAUCAUGGUGUAACUCCCAACAUUGGUAAGGCCAUGUUGAUAGUCCGUGCAUCUAAUACACAAAAUCAUCCACCCAAAUUUGAACGAUUCAGUUAUUUAGUCGCUGUCGAUGAAAAUGUUUCCGGUAUACCUUUACUUAAGGUAACCGCUGUUGACCCAGAUCCAGGUAAAGCGGGUAAAGUUCAUUACCGAAUCGUUAAAUCAACCAAGCCCGAUAUUUUCCGAAUCGAUCGUAACUCUGGCCGUGUACUUUUGGAGAAACCAUUGGACUAUGAAGAGACCAAAUAUCUUGAAAUUAUGGUCGAGGCUAAAGAUGAAGCUCGAGAACCACAAUUUACCACCGCUGUUAUUCAAGUGGUGGUUAAUGAUGUUAACGAUAAUCCACCGCAAAUACUUUCAAUGCCUCGAAUCCUCCGUGUUCCACAAUCAACCUCACCCAAUAACGAAGUGAUCUAUACGGUUCGAUCAAUUGAUGCCGAUUCUGAGAGAAAUGGAAACAAUUUGGUUACCUAUGAUAUCUCACCACCUUCAGCUUUUUUCGCCAUCAAUCCAACAACAGGACAAAUUUUCGCUACUCAACAAUUGUUACCAAUAACCGAAGUACUUAAAAUUGUUGCCACCGAUAGAGCGGCAACAGGUCCAAUGUCAACAUCUCGGGAAUUACGAAUUGAUGUUUACAGAGAUUCAAUUGAAGAGCCUAAUCCAGUUUUCACUUCAGUCCAAUAUUUUGUCCAAUCAGAUACCGUUUUAGAAGCCGGUGCUUCCGUUUUAACCCCACGGGCUACAAUACCCAAUGGAUCACCUAUUUGGUAUAAUAUUACCUCUCAAGAUUCAGGAAAAUUCAAACGAUUCGCAAUCGAUCAUGAUACAGGUCGAAUCACAACAACAGCGAAAAUUGAUCCAUCAGAACCAAACCUUAAACAAUCAGUUUAUCACUUUAUUGUUACUGCUCAUAAUCGUAAGGAACCAUUACAUUAUUCAGAAGCUGGUGUAGUGAUCAAAUUGUCUGAUGCCAAUUUCCGAUGCCCUAAAUUCCCGUUCACUCAAUAUUAUGCUUCGAUAUCGGAAAAUUCACAAGUUGAUACAACAGUUUUACCCGAUUUGUUGGUUGAAGAUGUUGAAAAAAUGUCGGGCUCUCGAUUGGACUACCAAAUAACGGAAGAUGAUUCAAAUGAUAAUUUCUAUGUUGAUGUUCAUCAUGGUGGAGUUGGUGCUUCAGCUAAUGUUUCACUUCGAGUGAAGAAACCACUUGAUCGUGACUCUAUGCCCAAAUUUUUACAAGGAAUUUAUACUUUAACGGUAACAGCGGCCAAUCAUAGGUGUUCAUCAAGUACUCGGAUUAAGAUCAUGGUUGAAGAUGUUAACGAUAAUAAUCCAGUUUUCACUUCACCUGAUUAUGUUGUUGAACUUAAGGAAAAUACACCAAUCGGUCAUGUGGUCACUACAGUUUCGGCAACGGAUAAAGAUGAAAUUGAUCGUAAUAAGUUACGAUAUCAUAUUGUCGAGGGCAAUGAAGAUGAAGCUUUCGAUAUGGAAGAGGAAACCGGAGUUAUUACCGUUAAAAUUGUCCCCGAUCGUGAACGAAUCCCGUCUUAUGUCCUUCGCAUGGUUGCCGUGGAUGAUUCAAAUAAUACUGGUUGGGCCAAUGUUCAUGUCACCAUAUUAGAUGAAAACGAUUGGACUCCAACUUUCCUAAACGAGACUUUCCUCAUGAAUGUUACCGAAGGUCCAACUUCAAUCGGUACCCGACUUCGACUUCCCGUCGUUGAUUAUGAUGACGGAAUUAAUCGAGAAAUGGAAGUUUAUAUUGUCGAUGGUAACGCUGACGGCGAAUUUAGAUUGGACGUUGAUGAGGGUGGACCUUUGUUGACAAUUAUUUCGGAACUUGAUCGGGAAAAGUAUAAAGUCGAAGGGUCAGCUCUUCAUCUUGUUUCCAUUGCGGCCAAAGAUCGUGGUAAUCCACCGAGAAUCGGAACGACGAGGGUCGCUGUCGUAAUCCAAGAUAUAAAUGAUACUCCACCCAAGUUUGAGAAAGAUUCCUACUUCGAAGUGGCCUCAGAAAAUAUUCCCGUGGGUUCAGUUAUCGCGACACUUAAAGCUACUGAUCCAGAUUCAUCAACCAAUACAGCUUUGGUUUAUUCAUUUGCCAAGAGUACUGGAAAGGUUCCAUUUGAAAUUGACCCAUUAACUGGAGUGGUCAAUGUCUCUCGACCUCUGGAUAUAUCUGAAAAUGUUCAAUAUUCAAUAACUACCGAAGUGUUUGAUGGACUAUGGAAAGGAAUGACUAAUUUGAAAAUUUAUGUUCGAGAAGCUGAAGAACGAGAUCCAAGAUUCGAUCAGAUCCAUUAUCGAUUUGCUGUGCCCGAAAACAUGGCCGGUAUUAUGGUCGGACGGGUUGAAUUGAAGCCCCGAAAAUUACGAAUCAACGCUCUAAUGAAAUACACGAUUGUUAACACCGAAAUGCGAAGUUUAUUCAAUAUAACUUCGGAGGGAGAAAUAUUUACCAAACGUGGACUUGACCGGGAAAAGAAAGCCAAAUAUGUAUUUACCGUUAUGCUGGAAGAAAAAAGACCGACAACUAAAAUAACUGUCAGUGAAGUUAUGGUUGAUGUAUUGGACGUUAACGAUGAGAUACCAACGUUUAGCCAAACAUAUAAAGGAACAAUUAAGGAAAAUUCACCUCCUGGAACCCAAGUAAUUAUUGGACCUCCAACAAUUCAAGCAGUUGACCAUGAUUCUGGUAACAAUUCAAUUGUCCACUAUUCAUUGGCUGGAGAGGGUCAAGAGCUAUUCACCAUUUUAGAUUCAGGAUCAGUUUUGUUUACACCAAAAGAGGUUAAUCAAAUUCUUGACCGAGAAAGUAAAGCUAAAUAUGAAUUAAAAGUAACCGCAAUGGACAAUGGUAAUUUAAGUUCAACCACCCAACUGACCAUUGAGAUUGAAGAUGAAAAUGAUAAUCCACCUAUUUUCCAACAUGGGCCACUAUUUGUACUACUUCCUGAGAUUGCCAAACCAGGGUCAAAGGUUGUACAAGUUAAAGCUACUGACGCCGAUGAGAAAGGUCCAAAUUCACGAAUCCAAUAUUAUAUUACUGCUGGAGGUAAAGGUGACAUUCGUAUUGACCGAUUGACCGGUGAGAUUUUCGUGGUUGGAACUCUUAAAUCUGAUUCGGUUUACUAUUUAAAUGUAUCGGCUGUUGAUGGAGCUGGUUUAGCAUCUAAGACAAACAUUAAUGUAACUGUAGUUGAUGUAAAUGACCACAAGCCAACCUUUGACCAGACCUUUUAUCAAUUUGAAGUAUUGGAAGGUAAUUACACCAAAGAGAAACUCCGUCUCGGUGUUUUCCGUGCUCGAGAUGAGGAUACGGGAAGAAAUGGAAUCGUUGAAUACACUAUGUCCAAUAACGUUGGAAUUGAUUUCCCAUUUACUAUUGAUAUUCAUACGGGUGAACUUUUCGCCAAUGGUAAAAUUGAUCGGGAACAAAGGGAAACAUAUAAUUUUGCAGUAACAGCUCUUGAUUAUGGUGAACCCUCACAUAAUUCAAGUGUUGAAGUGACCAUUAAAGUAAAGGACAUUAAUGAUGAAAAGCCUCGUUUCUUCACUGACCCUUACUUGGCUCAUGUUCCGGAAAACUUGGAUCCUGGUUAUAAGGUGACACAAAUUGCCGCUUAUGAUCCUGAUCUUGGUGAAAAUGGUCAAGUAUUUUAUAAGUUAGGUGAUGGACAUGAUAACAAAUUUUAUAUUGAUGGAAAAGACGGAACCGUUUGGACAUUGGCUAAAUUGGACUUUGAGGAUAAACAGUUUUAUAAUAUAACGGUCAUUGCCUAUGACAAGGGUAACCCAUCACUAAGUUCAUCGGCCAAACUUUGGGUCACCGUUGCUGAUACAAGAGAUGCUGUUCCAGAUUUCCCUAAGGCUAUUUACACAUUAGAGGUUGCUGAGAAUGCUAAAGUUGGUGACACUGUAUUUAAUUUGAAUGCUGGUGAAGGACCUUUCAAAUAUAGUUUACUCAAUGGUGAUGUUGUUGAUACAUUUACUGUUGACACAUCAACGGGUCGAGUUAAACUUGCCAAACCUUUGGACAGUGUCCAGCGUAAUCAUUACAGUCUAAUGGUCAAGGCUGAAGACGACAGCGAUCCUCCUAAAUUUGAUACUGCUGAGAUUAAUAUUCUCAUUGGAACUGGUCAAGGAGUUCGUCUUUUCCCUAAACGAUUAUAUAAAAUCUCAGUAAUGGAAAAUCAAAGGUCACCUUUAAACCUUAUUGACCUUAACUCUACCGAUGAACUUGCCCAUCGUCCAGUUCAUUAUGCAAUUGUAGGUACCGAUUAUGAUGGACUUUUUGAUAUCGAAUCGAAGACCGGUCAACUAAGAGUAACUCGUCCGUUUGACCGAGAAGCUCGUGACCUUUACAAUAUUAAAAUUAAAGCUGAAAACUUGGGUCACCAUAGAGUCGGUAAAAGGGCUAUUCCAAGUUCAUCUUCCAAUCCAUCAUCUUCAUCUUCUAAAUCAAGUCUCAAUGAUCCCUUUAAUUAUCAUCUUGCUUUUGAUGAAACUCUGGUCCAAGUAACGGUUGAUGAUGAAAAUGAUAAUUCACCAAUUUUCACCAAUAAAGGUAAACCCGCCGUGGCUGCUAUACCAUUGGAAGCUGCAUUUGGCUAUCAAGUAAUCAAAUUAAUGGCCACUGAUGCAGAUUCUGGUAUAAAUUCAGCGAUUCGAUAUGAAAUACUUGCCCGAGGCGAUGAUGCAUCUUCUAAAUUUUAUAUUGACCCGGUAACUGGACUGGUCAGAUCAAUGGUUUCCUUUGCUUUGGAUGGAGGUAAAUUAUUUGGAUUUGAUGUGAAAGCUACUGACAGAGAGGGAAGUGAAACCGGAAACUCAGCGGUAACCAAUGUUUUCGUUUAUGUUUUACCGGAAACUCGUAUGGUUUUAUUUGUAGCCGAUUCUGAGCCGAUAACAGUUGAAAGACGAACCGGUGAAGUGCUAGGUUUCCUAUCUAAUGUAACGGGUUAUAAUGUUAAAAUGGCUAAACUUGAGCCUCACAUGGAAGGUGAAGUUCAAGAAGCCCAUUCAACUGACCUUUUCUUGUAUGCCGUUAACCCGGAAACCAAUGAUAUUGUUGACACUGAUACUCUACUUGAAGCAUUCCGUCAAAAGUCACAUUCAAUUGUUGAUAAUUUAAGAUCAUUCAAAAUCCGCCGUAUUCAGGGUGUUACAGUUCAAGAGAAAAUUAGUCACAUGGGUGCAACUGAGAUCGCAAUCAUCGCCCUUUCAUCGGUCAUCUUUUUAGGAACCAUAUUGGCCAUCGCUCUACUUUGCUCAUCAUGUAAGGAGCGAAAAUUACACAAGGAACAUUCUGCUUGGGAGCAACAACGAUUAUAUUCAACAAUUAAAAAUCCACUGAUGACCAAAUGUAUCAGUAACCCUUAUGGAACUAGAGAACUGCCCAAUGGUCAUAGUACAUCGACCUAUUCUACAGGCGAUGGGAUAGGUGGCCCUGGUUAUUCACGAGCUUCUGGUCGUUCAGUCCGUUCGGCCUGCACUGGUACAAGUUGGUCUUCUCAUAAAUCUCAAAACUCUGGAAGCCCAGCAACUGAAUUAUAGCAAUAAAUGAAUUCUGAUUUUCACGAACAAUCAGCAAUUAGGAAAUACUAAUAAUAUAAAUCAUUAGAUAGAAAAUGAUAAUUUUGUCAUAUCUUGAGUCUCUUUCUCAUAAUCAUCAUCAUAAUCAUCAUCAUCACCAUCAUCGUCAUCAUCGUCAUCAUCAUUUACAUCAAUCAUCGUGCCUUAUUUUUUUCUCAAGCUAAAAUUAUAUCAUCAUGAAAAACUAUAUCUUAAUUAAUACUAUUAAUAUAUUAAUUGUUGUUAACUAGUAUUCAGAGAUUUUAACCAUCAUUAAGAUAAAAAUAUAUAAUUGUAUUGAUGUUUGGGGAUGAAAACUCAUCACCGUUAAUAUAUAACUGUAAAUAUCAUCCAUCCCACUCUCCUCAUCCUCAUCCUCAUCCCUGAUAAUCAAACGGAUCCACAAAACCCCAAUCCCAUUUUCUUGAUGAAAAAAAUUAUCCCUUCAACCUUUUGUUGUUACUUUUGAUUAGGGAUACGAAAAAUGAACAUUUAAUUAAAAAUAAAUUGUAACAAUUAAGAGAUUAAUCUUAUAUCAAAA